AUGUCAGUCAGCGGUACAGGUCUUGACGAUGAGCUUCUCGCCCUAGCUGGCGGCUCAGCAGGCACCAUCGAUCUCUCUGAUUCCUCUUCCGAUGAGAAAGCUCGUACAGGUUCAAAACGCGAAUCCAAACCCAGCACUACCACUUCUCUCGCCAAAAAGCGUCGUAUGGACCUUCUGGACGAGUCCAGUUCCGACGCCGACGCACCGGGCUCUGCAGACCAAGAUGAUGCGUCGGACGAAGAUGGGAAUGCGCGCAGGGGGGAUCCGUAUCCGUAUCAGGGAAUCUAUAAGAGCGCAAGGGAUAUGGAAGAAUUGAUGUCGAUGAACGAGUUAGAGCGUGAAGAUAUUCUGGCGAGGAGAAGAGAUGAGAUUCAAGCAAGGAGGCAGAAGUUUGAAUUGCAGGCACUGUUUAAGGCGCAAAAAGCUGCGGCGGGGGCGACGAAGAAGAAGCGCGUAGUUAGAGGAGGUAAAGGUGGAAGGGGUAGAGGAGGCAGUGAUGAGAGUGAGGAGAGCGAAGAGGAGCAGGAGCAAGAAGAGGAAGAUGGUAGUGAUUAUGAUCUAUACGGUGGUGCGGCUAGUGCAGCGAAGAGUAGGAAGAAGAAGUUGCCUGGACAGACGGAUGCGAAAAGUGCAAAGUUGAGCGAGUUGAGGAAGAAGAGGAAGGAAAAGGUAGCUGGAGUUUCGAGUAGGAAGGUGGAAAGCGAUGAUGAUGCGCGAGGUAGUCCAGUGAAGGGGAGAGGUAGGAGAGGCUAUGCGUCCGACUCGGCUUCUGAUGUUUCUUACUCUUCUUACUCGGACGAUGACGAGCCGUCUUACUCCCGAGGUGGGAAACGUACAACUGCUACCACCAGUGCCGGUGCUGGAGCAGGCGACUCAUCAGACCCACCAUCCGUCGCUGACCUCAACGCAGCCCGAAUCACUCGCGAACUCGUCGAAUCCCGUCUCUACGCCCCAAGAUGGCGCGAAACUCUCAUUGGCUCUUUCUUCCGUUUCUCCUGGGGCACUCGCUCCGUCCCUGCUUCCACUACCAACCCCCGUGGAGGUAGCGAAACAAUUUACCGCAUCCACCAAGUAGCCGAUGUCAUCGAGAAUCCGGGCAAGUUCUACAAUCUGUCCGAAGAUCGUUCCGGUCGAUGGUGUAACGUCUUCCUCGUCUUCGAGCACGACAAUAUCGAGCGCAAAGCCAAACUCAAUCUCCUCUCCCGAGGUGACUUUACAGAGAGCGAGAGGGAUCGAUGGAUGGCGUGGCUCAAAAGCUCCGAACAGCGGGUUCCGAAGAAGGGUAGUGUAAUGCGGAAGGCGGAUGAGUUGGAGAAGUUCUUCACCUCUCCACUGACCGAGGCGGAUAUCAAGAAGAUGUUGGAUCACAAGAAGAGGAUUCGUUCUGAAGCGGCCAGCGUGAUGGGGAAGAGUGCACUCGGUGAUGCGCGAGUAGAUUCUCCUCGUGGCGUUGCUACUCCUGGUAACGCCACUCCUACGGAUAAUGGAAACGGUGUGGCGCAAGUGCAGAGUCUGGAAGCGCGCCUAGCAGCGGUCAAUGAAAGGAAUAGGGCGUUGGAUAGGAGUAAGAUGUCGGAUGUUGAACGUAAAGCUAGAUCGAGUAAAGUUGCUGCACUGCAGGCUGCCAAACAGCAACAGCAAGCGCAGCAGCAGGGCCAGGCGGAGAAGAAGCAAGCAGAGCGAGGCAACGGGGAUGGGCAGGGUGGAGUGGAAUUGACAAAUGCAAAACCCGAUUUAAUGGGGAAUGGGUUUGUGGCCGUUAAGAACUUUGCUACUACUGUUGAGGUCGAUUUGGGUGACUUCUAG